AUGGCACCCGUCAUAACCCUAGUCAGACACGCGCAAGGUUUCCACAACCUGUACCGCCAGCAGUAUCGCGAUGACCAAACACUUAUUGACCCGACGCUCACGGAACUUGGGAAGAACCAAUGCCUCGAUGUUCGCAACCAAUUCCCUCACCACGCCAAGAUUGCGGCCAUGCCCGAGGUUACGGCGAAUGCCGCUGAGGGCUGCAACCGCGGGCACGCACCGGAAGAGAUCAUCGCAUGGGCCAAGGAGACCUUCGGAAGCGAUGUUCUCGAUGAGGAGAGUUUCCGAUGGCUGGUCCCUUACUGGUACAAGAAGUCGGAAGGUCUGUAUGAACACAACGAAGAGAAGCUGAGGAUGCGCGCUUCGGUGGCCCGCCAAAUUAUUCAGAAGGAGGCGAGCUCUGCUGGCGAUGACUCUCACAUUGUUGUUGUUAGCCAUUGGGAAUUUUUGCCAUAUCUCGUGGGAGACGACAAUCCCGGGCCUCAAUGGAAGAACGCCGAGUGCCGUUCAUACACCAUUGAGGCUCGAGCGGAUGGUGAAACUACUUUAGUGCGGAUCGGCGAGUGA